GUAAGGUCAUGGAUGGAAGAAAUUCAUCCCGGUGUCAACAAGCAUAUAAUUUCCUACAUCAUAGGUCUAGAUAGCUUAAAAACAAUGACCACGGACAAUAAGGCCGCAAGAUAUUGUGAGGAUAUUAGACUUAGGAUGGAUGGCCUAUUUGAGGAAGAGGAAAUAGCUGUCCAGUUUACAAGAGAAUUCAUGGCCUUGUAUACAAAUGGCCCAGCUGGCGGCGGCGGUGUCAGUACUGGUUGGAAGAAAGAGAUCAUUCUAGAGAAAGAACUGGUGAGGCGCGAAGAUGUACAAUGGGGAAUCACAGCAAUGGGUGUCAUCACCUCAAGUGCACACACUGCGAGCCUCCAUAGAACAAUGGGUGCAUCGAUAUCUCCAUCAAUCCCCCAAGACGAAGACACAUUCAAAGAACCACAGCUUUAUUCCUCUCCAGCUCCAUCCGGGACAAAGGUUCCCCUCUAUAACAUAGCCCACAGCAGGGCUGGUGACAAAGGGAAUGACCUCAACUUCUCCAUAAUCCCGCAUUUCCCACCUGAUAUAGAAAGGAUAAAAACCUUUAUAACUCCAGAUUGGGUGAAGGAAGCUCUCUCCCCUCUUCUGAAUUACACUUCGUUUCCAUCUCCCACAGAUAUUGAACAAAGAAACAAAUGGAUAGCUGAGAAUGUGAAGGUGGAGAUAUAUGAAGUCAGGGGUAUCCGUUCUUUGAACGUCGUCGUUCGCGAUAUCCUAGAUGGCGGGGUCAACUGUUCGCGUAGAAUCGACAGACAUGGCAAGACCAUAUCAGAUCUCAUAUUGUCUCAGCAUGUCUUGUUGCCUCCAUGAUCCAGGUACAGAUAAUGUUUAAUCACAACGUUUAGUUAAGUUGUCAUAUAUUUAAGGACAAUUAGUUUUUAAUCUUUUUUUGGCUUUUGGAGUGAUCUACUGUAACACUACAAUAUUCAUUAUUCCAAAUUAUAAGAAUUGUAGUGAAUUAAAGCGAAACAGGUCC